UCUCUAAGGCCUCCGUGGGACUGGGAGGAGUCUGAAGCCACUGGUCCCAGCUGUUCCCUCAACGUGGGACCACAACAACCGGGCUGCAGACGGAGGACAGUCUCAGUGCUUGUCCGUGCACGUGUGUGUGAGCGUGUGAUGAAUGAGUACAAGGCCCCGGAUGAAGGGAUGAACCCGCUGGACGCGACUUCUCCUCCAGUCUGGAGGAGCUGAGAUGAGGAGGAGAGCCUGAAGCCUGGAGGACCCACCGGAGGUGCUCGAGAGGGGAAACGGGGGCGCGUACCUGUGCAGGUGAACCAAAGGUGGCCGCCAUGUCCCUGUGGAUGAUCCUCCCCAUCAGCCUGCCCGUCUUAACCAUCGCCGGCAUCUGGGUCGUAUACGCGAUGGCCUUAUACAACCAGCAUGUCUGCCCUGUGCAUAACUGGCUUUACAACGAGUCGUGCGAGGAGCCGCUCCCGCUGCAGAGGGGUGCAGUUCUGUGCUGCACGCCGGACAACAUACCACUCAUCAGCAAAUGUGGAACCUUGCCCCCCGAAAGCUGCUUCUUCAGCCUCAUAUGCAGCACCGGCUCCUUCAUGGUGAUGCUGAUCGGGCUGCUGCGCUACGCUCACGUCAUCGAGAGGCACCAGAACUGCAUGCUGAACACGGCCGGCCUCUCCGCGGCGUGGAUCUGUGCCGCCGGCCUCAUCAUGGUGGGAAACUUCCAGGUGGACAUUGCCAAAGUCCUCCACUACGUCGGCGCCGGCGUGGCUUUCCCCUCCAGCAUGCUGUUCGUCUGCCUCCAGUCGACUCUGACCUACAAGCUGGCCAAGACGCAGGAGGAGUACCGAGUGGGUCAUCUACGCGGGGGGAUGGCCCUGCUGGCUCUGGUAGCACUGGUGCUCAGCGGCGUCUUCUUCUGCCAGGAGAGCUUCGCCCUGCAGCACGCCGCCGCCAUCUUCGAGUGGACCUACUGCAUGCUCAUCAUGCUCUUCUACGGGACAUUCGCCUUCGAGUUUGGCAGCAUGUCGGGCGACACACUGACAGUCCUGUCCCGAGGAGGAGGAGGAGCGGGGGGGCCGAGCUUCCCCACCUCUUCCGGACACAAGAUGGAGGCGGAAGGCCGCGGCUCCAACCACCACCAGUCAGACAGUUUAUCGAUGCUGUGAUGUAGCUGAGUUUCAAGCUGCUUUGCUGAAGGGAUUUCAACAAUAUGACGAGUGCCUUUCUGCAUUCUGAGGGGCCUGUUUGUUUCAACUCCCUGAAUGUAACAUCGCUUUCUGCCUUCUUGGUCUUCCGUCAGACGCUGGAGGGGCGUCGCUUCGUUGCAACGUUUGGAGCAGGGGUGUCAAACAUAGGGCCAACGGGCCGGAUCGCAGCGCCCGCUUGAAAAUGACGGCCGCAACCACCGCCCCCCCCUCGACAGGACCAUCGCCUCUGAUUUUACUGGAGAUCAAAGUGGACCGUAUGUGGCCUUCUACCUAAAAUGAGUUUGACUCCCCUGGUUUUUGACUCCCCCUGGCCUGGCUGGAGGUUCAGACAUUGAGCUCUAUGUUGUUGUUUUUCACUCAGGGAGUUUUGUUACACAACCAGCUUUGCUUCUGUGUGGGGCAACAAUCUGUCUCACUUUGUCCCACUUUGUCUCACUUUGUCUCACUUUGUCUCAAGUCCUUCGAAAUAUUUUAUGUUAUCAACUCUUUGCCAAAAAUAAAAGAUUGCUCUCAGUUGCAAUUAUUUUUACACUUUGAAUGGAACUAAACUAUUUGUAUUGGAUCAUAUGCAGAAACACUUGAACAAUAACAUUCAGUUUGGUGAUGUAUUAGGAGAACAAAACAAUAAACGCAAAUAUGAUGAAAACAAA